AUGUCCGACGCUACCAUUACCUAUCCGCCACAGUCAGUAGACGCUGCCUCGUAUCAGCCGAGUCCAUCAGCGGCGGAUCGAUCUACACUGGACGGCACCUCGGAGCGCGAAGGGGAGGGCAUACUUGGUGCGAACGAUGGUGAGGGACAGGGAAUUGAGCUGGCACCGGUGGAUGGCGGAGUGCAGGCAUGGACUUUUGUAGCUGCUGGUGCAAUGUACGAGAUGAUAGCGUGGGGCCAGUCGUACUCGUACGGAAUCUUUGAGAAUUACCACAAGAAUGACAUCAGAUCUCCGCUAUAUGGAAAGGCCAGUCCAGCAGCCACAUCAGCGAUCGGUACGCUGGUCAUUGCCGGUCUCCACUUUGCUCCCUUCCUGCUCAGAGGCACCUUUCGCACGUACCCUCACCUGGUCAAGACAUCUGCCAUAGUCGCGACAGUGCUGAGCGCUGCUUCGCUGCUGGUCGCUAGCUUCGUGCCGUCGAACGUAGGAGCGCUUCUAUUCCUGCAGGGCAUCUUCUAUGGUCUCACCGGAGGAGUUGGUUUUGCCCUGGUCGUCCUUUGGAUUCCGCAGUGGUUCGACGAGCGAAUGGGCACAGCAAACGGCAUCAUCUUCUCCGGCUCCGGUCUAGGUGGCACCAUCUUUCCGCUCGUUCUGAACAAGCUGCUGCAACGUGUCGGCUUUGCGUGGACCCUACGCGUCAUGUCGCUCUACUCGCUCAUACUCGCUGGUGGCUCUAUCCUCUUGCUCAAACCUCGUCUGCCAGUCCGUCGUCCAACCGCGCUGCCGCGCAACCCGCUGCGAAGACUGGCUCCCGAAGGAGUAAAAGAGCUCUGGUCUCCUCUUGCUCUGGCACAAGAAGCAGCCGUCAUCUUUCAGACCGUCGCCUGGUGCACAAUCAGUCUCUACAUCUCUUCCUACACCACUUCUCUCGGCUUUUCCACCACCACCGCAACCGGCGUCCUAUCAGCUUUCAACGCGGCAGCAACUGUGGGGUUCUUCCUCGUAGGUCGACUCGUGGACGGUAGCUCGCACACGGUACUGAUGGCGAUUUCGACGCUCGUCUGCUCGGUGCUUGCCUUCGUCUUUCUAGGCUUCACUAGAUCGCUUCCGCUUCUCAUAGUAUUCGCUCUCCUGUUCGGGACUGCCGGUGGAGGGUUCACGACCUUUUUGGGCCCCAUCAGCAAGACUGUCGCUCUUCGCGGUAAUCAAGAAAUCGCCGCCAUUCACUCGGCUACGAUAUUCAUCAGAGGCGUAGCAGCGGUACUAGGGCCUCUCCUUGGCUCGACCCUCUACAACGAGCACUCCUCCACCUUUGCAGUCUAUGGGACAAACGGUUUUAGAGGCGUCGUGCUGUAUGUGGGCAGCAGCAUGACUUUGGCAGGUGGUUGCUCGAUAGCAGCCAAUUGGCUGGGUAAACGCGCGACAUCACCAUCAUCGUAG